AUGAAGCUCCACUGCCUGACCCUGGGAGCUCUCCUUGUCCUGCUGCUGUCUGGCCGUGGUGCCCCCACCAAGGCCUCGGCCAUCAACCUGCGGACGUUCGUGGGCUGUGCCGUGAGGGAGUUCACCUUCCUGGCCAGGAAACCCGGCUGCCGUGGGCUCAGGGUCACCACGGACGCCUGCUGGGGACGCUGCGAGACCUGGGAGAAGCCGAUCCUGGAGCCGCCCUACAUCGAGUCCCACCACCGGAUCUGCACCUACAACGAGAGCAGGAUGGUGACGGUGCAGCUGCCCAGGUGUGCCCCCGGCGUGGACCCCUCCUACACCUACCCGGUGGCCAUCCGCUGCCGCUGCGACAUCUGCUCCACUGCCACCACCGAGUGUGAGACCUACUGA